AUGGAACCUAUGGAUAGGGAGUUCAAGAUAGCAAUUACACAGGCCAAGAAAAAUAAUCUUUGUUCUUCUGUACGCAGGAUGUUGAUAAAGAUGAUGUUCACCAAGAAUAACUUGAUCAAUCAAGCCAACCGUACUACAAGGAGGCUCAAGACUGCCCCUCACUUCACAAUGAACCUAUUGAACAAUUUAUCGUUUAAAUUAGUUCCACUUGAGGGAAGUCAUUUUAAAUACUUGAAGCACAAGAUCGAUGCCCUUGACACUGCGAACUUUGUGUGCAAGUACACCUUGAUUGAAGGAGAUGUGUUGGGUGACAAGCUUGAAUCCGUUGUUUAUGAAGUAGAGUACGUUGCCUCAGGUUCAGGUAGUGUAUGCAAGACGACAAGCCACUAUAAUACAAAGGGUGACAUUAACCUUAAGGAUGAGGAUAUUAAAGCUGGCAAAGACAAGGCAAUUGGAAUGUACAGGGUUGUAGAGGAAUACCUCUUGGCCAACCCUGAUGUCUACGCUUAA